AUGGCGAUGAUGAUGACUGGCCGUGUGCUGCUGGUGUGUGCCCUCUGCGUGCUGUGGUGCGGUGCCGGCGGUAGAUGUGACGAGGAGGGGAUAGCAGCUCCUGUGAGUGAUGGUGGACCUCCGCCGGAAUCAAAAGAACUUGGAACGCCUCGACAAGAAACCCAAGAUUUAAAAGUUGGAUCACCAGAUGUUAAUGGAAAAGUGCCACCCACAUCUUCCACACAUAUAGAGAAAGCUGAAGAUGAAGGUAUUGAUGAUGAAGAUGGAGAAGAAAAGGAUAAAAAAGACGAAAAUGAAAAAAAUAAGGUACAACCCCAGACACACAAGGGUAAAAAAAAUGAGGGGGUACCGCCACCCGCACCACCAUCGGGUGGACCUGCACCAUCAUCAACAGCAGGUGAAGGGGGCCCAACAGCAGAAAAAGAAAGCUCACAGAAAGUAACCAAAGCAAAAAAAGAAAACACACCGUCAGAAUUCGAGACGGACUCAGAAGCACCGGAAGCACCUUCAGGGGAUGCUACACAAGGGCAGCACAGUCAUGACACAGACACAGAGGAUUCGACGAAGAAUGCAGCAACCGGCAGUCUAGCAGAAACAACAACAACCUCAUCUACCUCUACAAGUGGCAGCGGUGAUCAUGUCCAGAAUAAGGCAGAUGAGGAUGAUGCUCAAAGCUCUGAAGGACAACACGACAGUAUUGAAAAUGGCAAUACCAACGUUGUUCCAACACUCAGUGAGACAGCACCUCAAACAGCAGGAAAAGCUACCACCGCUGCUCAAACAAAUCAUACGGCGACGCCUGGCGACAGUGACAGCAGCACCGCGGUCUCCCACACCACCUCCCCUCUUUUGCUUCUCCUUGUUGUUGCGUGUGCGGCUGCUGCUGCGGUGGUGGCCGCGUGA